AUGGGUGAGAAAUUAAAGGAACAGAGUUUAGAUGCGGGCUCAAAUUUUGUUCCGAAGAUCAUUUCAGAUAUUCUCACAGAAGUUUCAGUGAUCGAUGAUUUUUCGCAGAAAUUAUCAAAGCUGAAUUUUUAUGUUAACGCCUUUGAAGAAGAAUUGAAGAAGAUCAAUGCUUUCAAACGUGAGCUUCCAAAUUGCAUGCAUCUGUUGAAGGACGCAAUUGAGAAAUUAAAGGAGGAGGAAUUGCAGUUAAAGGGUAAAGAAGUGUGGCCAGUGAUGGAACAAUUCAUAUCAUUAAAGAGUGAUUCUAACGAAAUUGGAAGGGAUAAAAGAUCAGGAGAUUUCAGUGAUAAAAAAAAUUGGAUGAGUUCUGCUCAGCUAUGGAGCACUCCAGUUCUGUAUGAAAAUGAUUUUGAUAGUAAAAAUCAAGACUCUGGUUUACACUUCAGAUCGAGGUAUGAAGAAGAGGGUGGCAUUGGAAGUGAGUAUCAGCAGCAGGUGUGUAAUUUUGGCAACAGGGGAGGGGCAUUUGUUCCUUUCAAGAAACCAUCUGGUGGAGAAAUGAAGGGAAACAAUGGGAUUGUAUCAGUUCAAGAUCUACCACUGUCAAGUCCUGUGGAUGAAAUGGGAUCCUACGAUUUGAGUAUGAAAGGUAAAUGUGGUAAUGGUAGGGUACAGCAGCAGCAGCUGGCACAGCGAAAACAAAGGCGCUGUUGGUCCCCGGAACUGCACAAGAAAUUUGUCAAUGCACUCCAUCAGCUUGGAGGAGCACAAACAGCGACGCCAAGGCAGAUUAGAGAACUCAUGAAAGUGGAUGGCCUCACCAAUGAUGAAGUGAAAAGCCAUUUGCAGAAAUACAGGCUUCACAUACAAAAGCUUCCAAGUUCAUCAGCUGGUGUAUCAAGUAGCUCAUGGUUUACACAAGAGCAGUAUGGAGACUUGUCGAAGGCAAUCAUCACGCAUUCUGGUUCCCCACAAGGCCCGUUAAACCAUGGCGGGCCCACUAAGGGUGUCUGGGUUAAUGAUGGUGAUAGCAUUGAGGAUGAUGAGGAUGAGAAGUCUGAGAGCCAUAGCAAGAAAAGUCGACUUCAGCAGCCAGUCGAGGACCAUGUAUAG